GCAUGUGUACGUGUAGAACCGCACACAACUUGUCGAGUUGUGUGUGUGAAAAGCUGAAUACAAAGUCACGUGAUACAGAAGGCACACUCUUGAUCCCGAUUGGUUGAUUUUGUAGAACCACAUUUGACGUGGCCCGAAUAGCUUUUCUGAUACAAGUGUGGUUGUUUGAAUGCAGAACACUGAUGGUCAACGGAGGAGAGACUGCUACAACCAACAAAUUACAUAUUAUACAAACAUUUAUGCGGUGCUGUUCCCUGUGGAAGUAACCAGACAUCAGUUAUGUUUUUGCUCGAGACAGUGUCGCUGGACUGCGUAAGCUGUCUUUUUGAAAGCGGUUUUGCAGUAAAUUGUGGUUUAGAUUCAGGACAGUCCCCUGCACAUCGAGCAGCAUGCGGUGGACAGGCGUUCUGUUUGCUGUGGUUGCUCCAGACAGGCGCAGAUGCAAACCAAAAGGAUGCAAGUGGGGAGACCCCCACGCAUAAAGCAGCCAGAGCUGGGAGCGCGGAGUGCAUAAGCGUGCUGAUGGCAAGUGAUGCAAAAAUCGACAUUUGCAACAACUCUGGAAAGACUGCCGAAGAUAUAGCGUGGUCUUGUGGGUUUGAGGAGUGCGCUAAGUUUUUUAACACACAUAGAAGAACACAGGACUUAAGAAACUUAUCAUCAUUAUCUUCAACGAUUGUCGAGCGGCAGGUUCUGAAUGGCUCUCUGGCGGGACAGAAGAGAGGGUGCACUGGGUCUGAUGCAGAAGAUGGCAAGAAAUCUCGCGACUGGUGAUGAAUGGCUCUCUCUUCAUGGGAACAUUAAAGUAAUAUCCAUGCCAGUUAUUCAACCAUUAUAUAACUGUGAAGUAAAUGGGUGAACAGAUGAAUAGGCAUGUCCAUACAGUAGAACUACUGUAGCUUUAACAGUGAAGGACAACUUGCCGUGUUCUAGGGUCAGCGAUUUAGGUCCGAAUAUGAAUGGAAUAUAUUCUGA